UCGGAGCGUCGGCGCGUCGGCGGCCGCGGCGGCGCUCACAGCCCGAGCGGACCGGAGCGGCUGGCGCGGAGUCGCGCGGACGUCGGCACCCACCCGAGGCGCCCCCCGGCCUCCCCGCGCGCCCGGGCCGCACGCCCGCCGCCCUACAGCCCGCUCGCUCGCCCCGCUUCCCUGCGGCCGGCUGCGCCAUGGCGUUGGCGUUGGCGGCGCUCGCGGCGGUCGAGCCGGCCUGCGGCAGCCGCUACCAGCAGUUGCAGAAUGAGGAGGAGCCUGGGGAGCCAGAACAGACUGCCAGUGACGCGCCUCCGCCUUACAGCAGCAUCUCUGCAGAGGGUGCAGCAUAUUUUGACUACAAAGAUGAGUCUGGGUUUCCAAAGCCUCCGUCUUACAAUGUGGCCACGACACUGCCCACUUACGAUGAAGCUGAGAGAACCAAGGCCGAGGCUACUAUCCCUUUGGUUCCUGGAAGAGAUGAGGAUUUUGUGGGUCGGGAUGAUUUUGAUGAUGCUGACCAGCUGAGGAUAGGAAAUGAUGGGAUUUUCAUGUUAACUUUUUUCAUGGCAUUCCUUUUUAACUGGAUUGGGUUUUUCCUCUCUUUUUGCCUGACUACUUCAGCUGCUGGAAGGUACGGGGCCAUUUCAGGAUUUGGUCUUUCUCUGAUUAAGUGGAUCCUGAUUGUCAGGUUUUCCACCUAUUUCCCUGGAUAUUUUGAUGGUCAGUACUGGCUCUGGUGGGUGUUCCUGGUUUUAGGUUUUCUCCUGUUUCUCAGAGGAUUUAUCAAUUAUGCAAAAGUUCGGAAGAUGCCAGAAACUUUUUCGAAUCUCCCCAGGACCAGAGUUCUCUUCAUUUAUUAAAGAUGUUUUCUGGCAAAGGCCUUCCUGCGUUUAUGAAUUCUCUCUCAAGAAGCAAGAGAACACCUGCAGGAAGUGAAUCAAGAUGCAGAACACAGAGGAAUAAUCACCUGCUUUAAAAAAAUUAAGUACUGUUGAAAAAUAUCAUUUCUCUCUGUUCCUAGGUGUAAAAUUUUAAUAGUUAAUGCAGAAUUCUGUAAUCAUUGAAUCAUUAGUGGUUAAUGUUUGAAAAAGCUCUUGCAAUCAAGUCUGUGAUGUAUUAAUAAUGCCUUAUCUAUUGUUUGUAGUCAUUUUGAAUAGCAUGAGCCUUGUCCCUGUAGUCAGUAGGGGGCAAUCUUGCUUUAUUCAUCCUCCAUCUCAAAAUGAAUUUGGAAUUAAAUAUUUCAGUGUAAGAUAUGUAUAAUGCUGGCCAUUUUAAAGGGGUUUUCUCAAAAGUUAAAACUUUUGUUAUCACUGCAUUUCUGCACAUAAUCCAUAGUUGCUGUUAAAAUUAAUCUAGAAAUUUAUUCAGUCAUACUGUGACACCUGGAAGCAAAAUCAUAGUGCAAAGUACGUUUAAGGUGUGGUCAAGAAUAUGUUCUUAAUUGGUAAAAAGCACUAAUUUUUUAUAGUCUGUAUUCUAAAUUUUGCAGUACAUUAUUGUUCUGUGUUGGGUACCUAAGGGAUUGUAAAGAUGGUUGUCACUAUAAAAUAGAGCAAGGACAAAUGCAGCUUAAUUACUAAAAUGCAAUUCUUGACAUUUUCUUAUGAUUAGAGUCCCUACCACUUUUUUCUUUUCCUUUUGUCUCCUGAUGAUUAGGCCAGGGGCUGGGAGGAGGGGGUGGGGGCUAGGUAUUAGGAGCAAAGAAAGAAUUAGCUUGGAACUUUUGAGAUGAUCCCUCACGUACUAUACUACUAGCUUUUACAGUGUGUUGCAGAAACUGAUGUGUUAUAAAUGUUAGAAUGGUGUGCUUUCUGCCAAGUGGUAAUUCACCUUGGUCUGCUAUGUCGAAACUGUAAAUAAAACAGAACAUUAAUAAACGUCUCUUGUGUAGCAA